AUGUUGCAAGAUGCACAUUAUAUCAGUACCUUUCUUCAUUUAUGCCUGAAAAGUUUUCGUAGUAAUCCUGGUUUUCAAGAAAAAGCUCUUAAGUCAGUUAAAACGGAAAUUAUUAAACGGCAGCCAACAAUACUAUCUACUACAUGUACAACUAUUACUCCAUUACCUAUUCAUACGAAUUCACUUGAUUCUCAAUCGACAACAUCAAAAGGUCUUCUUACAUACUGUUUUGAUAUACCACAAAAUUCCUUAACAUUGUCAACAACGCCGUAUGAAUUAGAUGAAUAUAUGCUAUCAAAUGUCCCAUUCAGUGGACUUGAUGAUGUUUUAUAA